GUCGGUGGUGCCAGGGGGCAAAGACUUGCGAGAACGCGCGCGAGACGAUGAAUGCCGCCGUGUUACUGUUUUAUACAAUUGUUUUCUUUGUUUUUACGUAAAAACGUCACACUUUAAAGCAGGAGUACAGUGCGUUCAGGAAUUCGUUACGAGGAACCGGGUACUAGUCUGCUGUAUACCUAGAUAAGAGACCGGAGGACUGAACGCCUUUGAAGAAGGUGCACGAGGCGAAGGAAGAGGAAGUACAGAGGAGCCGAGGAAGUUGGUGGUCAUCCUAGGGAACGUGGAGGUGGACAAGGAAGAAGAGCUGGAGGAGGAAGAGGAGGCGGAGAGAGCGUCGAGAUACGAGAAUGCUCGCUCGCUGUCUGAUCAUAGCGGGUGCAGCAGCGGUUGUGAGAUCAGCUGGUAAUCACGGAUUCGACGCGCACCUGCGGGGUCCAAGUUUUCUCAUAGAACCAUCAGCAAAAAUCGAAUUUUCAAAUUCAAGCGGCGCUUGGUUAGACUGCGCCGCAACCGGAAGUCCACCACCCAACAUCGACUGGUCGACUGCAGAUGGAAUUCCGGUGGGGGAUGUCCCCGGCGUACGGAGGGUCCUCAGGAAUGGUACCCUGGUUCUACUUCCGUUUCCGGCGGCGGCCUUCAGGCAGGAUGUUCACAGUGCCGCGUACAGAUGUGUAGCCAGUAAUUCUGUGGGCAGAGUACUAAGCCGAGAUGUACAAGUCAGGGCUGUGGUCGCCCAAGCUUACAAGGUCGAAGUGGAGGUCGUUGGUGGUGCUGCAAGAGGAUGCACAGCGGUACUGCGAUGCAUCGUUCCUCGUUUUGUGAAGGAUUUGGUACGCGUGGUAUCCUGGCUUCAGGAGCCAUCUUUCUACAUAUAUCCAUCGUUACAAGGUGAUGGAAAGUAUCAUUUACUGCCAACGGGUGAACUCCUGGUGCACAGAUUGGAAUUUGGUGAUCAAUACUUGGGGUACAAGUGUCGGACGAUGCAUCGUCUUACACGACAAGUUGUCGUUAGUUCAGCUGCUAACGUCAGGAUAGCAGAAAUUUGGACGUUUGCAGAUCACAGAGGGAUCAUGGCUCCAGUGAUAUUAGAACAUUCUGGCGCUAUACACGUCGCUCAGGACGAAUCCGCGUCCUUGGUCUGCGUAGCUCAAUCCUGUCCACCGCCUGAAUAUCGAUGGUACGCACAAACCGGGGCGGAGCCGAUGCUGGUGCUACCUGGACCUAGGACAAGACUUCUUGGACCGGUCUUAGCUAUUGAGGCUGUCACCCUUGAAGACAGUGGGGUGUAUCGUUGUGCUGCUGCAAAUCAGGGUGGCGAAGCUAGUGCUGAACUAAGACUGAUCGUAACUGCUCCACUUCACGUUGAAGUCAGUCCGACCCUACUCAGCGUCCAUCUUGGUGGAAACGCAGAAUUUCGUUGCGUCGUUGGGACGCAUCCACAAGUAGGACCUCAUUUCGUCACCUGGUACAAAGAUGGCCGACAACUUCCUGGCAGCGGACGACAAUCCGAGCUUUUACGACUGAACAGCAUCGUCAGAGAAGAUAGAGGGAUGUAUCAAUGCAUCGUGAGAAGAUCCGAAGGCGAGACAGCGCAGGCUUCGGCAGAACUUCAACUGGGCGACGCGCCGCCGCUUCUUCUUUACUCUUUCAUAGAGCAGACACUUCAGCCGGGACCAGCUGUGUCGCUGAAAUGUUCAGCAGCCGGAAAUCCAACGCCCCAAGUAUCAUGGACCCUCGAUGGUUUCCCUCUACCUAUCAAUGCACGAUUCGUUAUUGGACAAUAUGUAACAGUUCACGGUGACGUAAUAUCUCAUGUAAACAUCAGUCACGUGAUGGUGGAAGAUGGCGGCGAGUAUUCGUGCACUGCGGAAAAUCGCGCCGGAAAAGUGACUCACGCGGCAAGACUGAAUGUCUAUGGUCUUCCCUACAUACGAUUCAUCCCAAAAGUAACUGCCGUGGCUGGUGAAACUUUACGACUGAAAUGCCCGGUAGCUGGUUAUCCUAUAGAAGAAAUCAAAUGGGAACGUGCCGGACGUGAGCUACCGGAUGAUCUACGUCAGAAGGUACUACCGGAUGGCACCCUGGUGGUUUCCAGCGUCCAAAAGGAAGGCGACACCGGUGUAUACACUUGCUGGGCGAGCAAUAAGCAAGGACACAGUGCCAGAAGAUCCGGGGACGUAGCUGUAAUCGGUAAGGCCAUCGAUAACACUGUUAUCAAAAUAUACCUUAGGAAACUGAUGACUCUGCCUACACGAAGACGAACCAGAGGUACCGCUCUCCGAGAACAAACUCUAUCCCCGUACGACGUCCUAUGUCGCCAUCUUCUUGGACGAGAAGCUGAACCAAUCAGAUUUAAAGAACAGAAUACCCGGAAUUCACAUGAAAAUCUAAGGGGGUUUUCAGGAACGAAGAAGAAUGAAAAAUCCAUGGACCGCAUUAUCGCGGUCACCAGGAGGAUGAUCAUCAUGUAUUCGUGUAUUGGUUUUAUUGUUAUUUCAGUACCUCCCAAAAUUAGCCCAUUCACGGCAGACCGUGAUCUUCAUCUUGGAGAGAGAACGACCCUGACCUGCUCCGUGACACGGGGUGACUUGCCACUGUCAAUUUCUUGGCUGAAAGACGGCCGCUCGAUGGGUCCUUCGGAACGUGUCACUGUCACCAAUGUGGACCAGUUCAAUAGCAUACUGAUGAUUGAAAGUUUAUCUCCAGAUCACAACGGAAACUACUCGUGCGUUGCGCGGAAUCUCGCCGCAGAGGUAUCGCACACGCAACGGCUUGUGGUUCAUGUGCCGCCACGGUGGAUAGUCGAACCGACUGACGUGAACGUGGAGAGAAAUAGACACGUGGCACUGCACUGUCAAGCACAGGGCGUGCCGAAUCCGACGAUAGUUUGGAAAAAGGCUACUGGUGGUAAAUCGGGGGAGUACGAAGAAUUGCGUGAUAGAGCUUACACAAAGCUUUUGAGCAACGGUACUCUUCUGUUGCAACAUGUCAAGGAGGAUCGUGAAGGUUUUUAUUUGUGUCAAGCCAGUAAUGGUAUUGGUACUGGUAUCGGAAAGGUCGUCCAGCUUAAAGUCAAUUCUUCGCCCUACUUUGCUGCACCCUCGCGAUUGAUCACCGUCAAAAAGGGAGACACUGCCACCCUCCAUUGCGAAGUUCAUGGCGAUAAGCCUGUUAUCGUCACGUGGCUCAAGGGUGGAAAGAUCGAACUAAAUCCUUCGACAAAUUAUCGAGUCACUGUUAAACAGGAAGUGAUACCAGAUGGGGUUGUUGCACAGUUACAAAUUGCGUCCGCGGAAGCUUCUGACAGUGGAGCUUACUUUUGUCAAGCUAGCAAUCUUUAUGGACGAGAUCAGCAAUUGGUCCAGCUUCUUGUUCAAGAACCGCCACAUCCUCCGAACUCUCUUGAAACAGCAAUGGUGGCUAGUCGAAGUAUCAAUGUAAAGUGGCAGCAUAAAGCUCAGGAUACUAGUGAAGUAUCCAAGUAUAUACUUCAGUACAAAGAGGGUGAAGGUGGUAUCUGGCAGCAACAAGAAUUGACUGGAACACCCUUACCCUACGCAGCAUUGAUAGACGAACUGAAACCAGCAACCAGGUAUACGAUCCGUAUCAUCGCGGAAGGACCAGCUGGACGAUCGGUACCGUCAUCUGAACUGAUGGUUAGAACUGAACCUCAAAGACCAGCUGGACCACCUAUCAACCUAGCAGCCAGAGCACUCUCUUCGACAGAAGUCCUCGUGACCUGGGCACCACCUAUACCUGAACUCAGACACGGGGACGUUCAAGGAUUCAACGUCGGUUACAGGGAGACGAGCUCUGGAAAUCCAGCUUACAACUUCACUUCCGUUGCCGGGGAUGGCGAGGAUGGAGGCGGUGAACUACGCCUGACUGCACUGCGACCUUAUACACGUUACACCCUUGUUGUUCAGGCCUACAAUCAGGUUGGUUCAGGACCAUUAUCAGAGCCGCUGACUACACAGACCCUUGAGGAUGUGCCCAGCAUGCCACCCGAGGAUGUUCGAUGUGCCUCAUUGACUGCACAGUCUCUGCAGGUUUCAUGGCAACCACCACCUAAUUCACACAGCAAUGGUAUUAUUCAAGGAUACAAGUUGCAUUAUGAACCAGUUUUAGCUGAAGUAUGGCGUGGUGCUGAUGAAAUUGAGGUGCGAAAGACUAGUGCUCUGACUGCCGUUCUUACUGGUUUAAGAAGAUAUACAAACUACAGUAUACAAGUAUUGGCUUUUACAAGAGUCGGCGAUGGUGUACCAACUAGGACAACUUAUUGUCAUACAGAAGAAGACGUUCCCGGAAGUCCAGCCGAUAUAAAGGUCGUUGUAAGUUCACCCCAGGCACUUUUAAUUUCGUGGUUACCACCUUUAGAACCUAAUGGAAUAAUUACGACGUACAAUUUAUAUACAAGAAUCGUAAAUGGACGCGAAGAACUUAAUCAUGGGAAAAGAGUACUCCCAGCAACGAACACCUUCUUCGAAGCAUCAGGACUACAGUCGCACGUUGAAUACCAAUUUUGGGUAACAGCGAGCACAAGAGUAGGCGAAGGUCAAAGUUCACGAGUAGCUGCUCAAGUACCAACGAAUCGUGUAGCUGCACGAAUCACGUCAUUUGGAGGUCACAUUAUACGUCCUUGGAGAGGAUCGGCCACGCUUGCCUGCAAUGCGGUUGGUGAACCAACGCGUGAAUGGUUCAAGGGUGUUGAACAAAUUCGAGCGGAUUCUAAUCGAAAUAUACAAAUUUUACAAACCGGUGAACUUGUUUUGUCAAGUCUUCAGACUCACGACAGUGGAAAUUAUACUUGUCAAGUAGAAAAUUCUCAAGGAAGCGAUCGACUGCAGUAUACUCUUAUCGUACAAGUUCCACCAAGUGCACCAGUCCUUUACGUAACUAGUUCAACCUCCAGCAGUAUCUUGCUCCAUUGGAAACCUGGACAUAAUGGAGGAGCUCCACUGACUGGUUACACUCUUCAUCAUCGUAGGACUCAUGCAAAUUUGGAAGAACUUCAGUUACCACGUCGUGCAACGAAUCAUGAAUUAAAGGGUUUACUAUGCGGCAAUACGUACCACCUUUAUUUGACUUCUCACAAUAAAAUAGGUAGCAGUCCUUCGUCUCCUGUUUUAUCAGUUCGCACUCAAGGUCAAGCACCUGGUAUACCACCAGCUGCUGCAUUACUGGGUCCAAAUUCCACCACUCUAACACUGCGUCUUCAUGUUUGGCCUGACAAUGGCUGUCCAAUUCUCUAUUUUGUGAUUCAAUAUAGACCGAUCAAUGGUUUUCACUGGAUAUUGGUAUCGAACAAUGUAAAGAUGCAGCGAAGAUACAUUGUAACAAAUCUCUCACCAAGUUCAGUCUAUCAGCUUAAAGUUGAGGCAUACAACGUAGCUGGUAGCAAUCAGGCAGAAUUCACUUUUGUUACACUCACAAAAGAUGGCGAUCCACCACCACCAGAAUUAUCAAAACGUGGUAUCACUUCAGUAAUACCGUUUUAUGCUGACGUGAAGGUCAUGCUUCCAUUGUUAGUUGCCAUGCUGGCAUUAUUGGCAGCUGCAGCGACAGUUGUCUUCCGUUGGAGAAACAGAUACCUAGGAGACAGAGUACAACGACCUAUGAAGGAAUCCCAGGAGAAUCAACAGAAUGCUGAAACGCAAAGAGAAAGAUAUUACGCAACCAUUCACAAGGUUGCUCUUCAACAAGCAACGAGCGCCGGUGGACCAGACAAGAUUCCAGGUGAACGUUUAUUACGAUACGGCGGACAGGUUCGAUAUGUCCAACAGACAAAGACGGCGGAGGACAUCUCGCCGUACGCUACGUUCCAGCUUUCGGAGGGUGGCGCGGGAAGCCUGGGAGGGCUGGGAGGAUUGGGAGGACUGGGAGGGGCAGCGGAAGCGUCAACGGCCGGACUUCAUCCCAACAAUACACUUCUUCACAGUUUCAUGUAUCACGAGCACGCCAUGACAGAAGGAUGCGCAAGUCCGCCACCCGCAGCGAGUAUGAAGAGUGUGUCGUCCCGUCGACGUCAUCAAAGGAAGCAGCAAGCACCAGGAGAUGUGGAGAGCGACGAGAGCGAGUCUGACCCAGAUCAAUUGACGAGUUCAAGAACGGAGUCAUCGAAUCAGUUGGACGCCGGGAAAUUGAAGCAUAUCCGAGCAGUUUCAGACUUCAUCUAUCAUGGAACAUCCAGCACUUCUUCAGAUAUUUCACCCAUGUCCGAACAGAAAUCCCUUCCCAGAAGAGGACGCUCCAGAUGGCAUGUUCCCAGCAGGAGCUCACUGCGCACUCUUCUCCCACCGAUAUCGGUAGCGGAAACGGCCUUCGUCGGGAAUCAAACGAGUGUGAGACCCUCGACUGGAAGUGGUGAACGUGGUGAUCGACCCGAGCUCAGUGAAGCAGAGUGCGACAUUGAUUCCCUGAAGAAACUAAAAUUAGGCCUGCGCAGUUCUCUUUGGUCCAGACCCAACACGCAGAACAAUACCUCCUCGGAUUACUCCAUCGCCGUCUAGAUUGCGCGUAACCAAUAUUCGGAUUCUCAUUUCGCAAUCAACUAAGGGGAUGGUUCUACCCCUCGCAACUGGAUCGUCACGUGACAUGGUUAUACAAUCGUACGCAGGCUUGUCACUUCCCAUUUGUACUUAGUGCGGGAAAAAUAUCAACAAGCUGUACCUUUCCUCGUCUUCCUGAUCACGUUCUCCAAUCAAUCAAUCACACCCAUUACCAAUCGAUGACCCUCAAAAAUAUCACUUUUGGCGUUACUUAACAAAACAAACUAUUCCUUCCUAAUAAUUUCCAAUUGUUGUUAAGAUGACUCUGAUCGGCAAUUUCUGGUCGUAUUAGAUAUUUUUAAUUCUUCCCACGAUAUCGGUGUCUGACAAAAUGAGAGCGGUAAGCGUUAAUUAUAAUAAAGAGAACGAUGAUGGUGAGAGCGAGAGAAUGAAUAUAAAUGUGAGAAGAAAGAGAAGGAACGUGAAUAAGAAGUAUGUAGGUCUGAAUGUACGCCAGGCAAUUACGCAAGUAUGAAUAAUUUUUGUGCAAAAUUGUUAGUGUAUGUGCCAAACGACAAUUUGCUCAGACCGCUGCGUGACAAGUUCCCAGCGUGUAAAUUCCCAUCCGAGACCAAAGACUUAUACGUACCAAACAUGGAGAAAAUCAUUUAGGUAUCCAUUUUGCAUCAUGAUGGAUGAUGAAACCGAUUUGAGAUUUCGUAUCGUCCGAACGGGAGAUGCGAAAUUACGGGGUAUGGAAUUUUAUUUGCCGAUAAACAGAUAAAUGCGUCAAAUGAAUUACCAGGAGACUUCUUAUAUAUGGGAUGAUUACGAAGCAAAUGAAAAUGAAGUAAUAUAUGAGACCGAAUGAAUGAGGGGGAGGGAUAGACAUUAAAAAAAAAAAUGAUUAAAGCAAGAAGGAAAUGCUUAUAGAACAUUAAAGAGAGAGAAAAUGAUAAGAAAAAAAGGAGGAUUGUCAUACUGUAAAGUUUAUACAUAUGCAUAUGAUUGUGUUGAUUAUUCUAAGCCAUAGAAUAACCAUGUGGAUGAGUGAUCCAACGAUCGAAAAUUCGUUGUGCAUUUUCGGCGCAAAUGAGGCAUACGCACGCGUGUAUAAUUGCGACGCAUUUCAUAUAUAGAUUAAAAGAUAUAUACAUAUAUAUACGACAAAGGCACUCAAUCAAACUCGGGGAGUUCGAUUAUUCUGGGUUUUCUCGCAAAACGUGUCGUUUACGAGCAAUUAACGGCGUGACCUUUGGUCCAAGUGAUUUUGUACAUUUUCUUAUUCUCUGACUGCCGAUAACUUUUUUACACUCGGUUUCCAAAGGGUUUGGAAAGAGGGAGGGUGGUAGGCGUUAUUGUUUAUUACUGCUGGUCGGCAUGUUUGACUGACACUCAAAAGCGCGAAACAGAUGACAUCUGAUUAAUGAAAAGAGUGCAAAUGAUUUUAGAAUUCUAUAUGAGAACGACGCGAAUGAAUGUUUGCGUGAACGGUCUCCUUUAUUAUUGUGAUGAUUAUGAUGAUGUUUAUGAAGUAUGGCUUCACACGCUCCACUUCGAUACGAUACGAGUCUCGAUAUGUAGAUGUCAAACUCAUAAAAUUAUCCCACAUUGUAUGAGAAAGUAAUGGCGUAUUGUGGGGUAUCAAAACAUGUAACUCUUAAUUCUAUUAUGGAACUUUGUUCCGAAGAUAUUGCGUCGCUCAUAGGAUCGACUAAAUAAAUUGAUGUGAUCAACGGGCAAA